AUGGGCUGGAGAGUGGCUGGUCCAUCGGAGUACCUGGCCAUCACUGGUCGGGGCAUCGACGACAUAUGCCUUGCCAAGAAGGCAUGGGUCCUACCGGGGCAGCGGUGCUCUCGCUUCGACGUGUCCCAAGUAAACUAUACCUUCGAGGUCGAGGCCAUGUCCGCUGAGAAGCUCCCUUUUGUGGUCUCCACGGUCUUUACCAUCGGCCCCCGUGUCGAUGACAUGGACAGCCUCCUUCUCUACGCAAAGGUGAAGCUCUUCAACCAUGUCAACGAGCUUGUUCAGGGCGUCAUCGAGGGUGAGACCCGUGUGCUUGCCGCCCGCACGACCAUUGAGGAAAUCUUCAAGGCGGGUAUCAAUGAGUUCAAGAAAGAGGUUUUCGAAAAGGUUCAGCUUGAGCUUAAUCAGUAUGGGCUACGCAUAUACAACGCCAACGUGGAAACCAAGAUGGAGGCUGCCAAUGAAGCCAAGGUGAGCUCAAGUUUGAAUUCCGGCAUGGCUGAAACAGUAGGAGAUGCAGAGUCAGCAUCUAGUGGGAUUAAUCCUACAUAUCCUCCUCCAUGUGAAGCCCAUAGGAACACAGAAACAUGUUCUAAAUGUGUGUACAGCAAGUACCAGCCUGAGCCUGAAAAUGAGUUUGAGAAGAUUUUGACACCAACUGACGUACAACUAAAAGGAAGUUAUAGUCUUUAUUUACCAAAGUCACUUGCAGCCAGAUUCUGCCUCCCAGCAAAUGGAAGUCAUCCGGUGAGUGUCUAUGACGUUCAAAUGAAGCGCUGGCCAAUCCAUUUUCGUACAAAUUGUGAAAAAACUUAUCUCACCCGAGGCUGGAGCCGCUUUGCUCAAGCGAAGCAGCUAAGUGAAGGGGAUAACAUCACCUUUUAUGAGCUCAGGUGCCAGAGAGGGACAGGGACUAAGGUCUUCAUGAUUGGAGUCUCUCGCAAACAAUGUAUUCAGAUUCUUGGAGCUCCAAUUAGAAUUUAGACAGAGACCAAAUAUUGAUAGUUUGGUUUUUGUGUUACGUAUGCUUUUGAAGUCGGCGUGAAUUAAGUUCCUGUAUUUUUCUUGGUUUUUGUUAUGUUUCAUUUCGAUUGCA